AUGACUCUAGCAGACUUCCUUACCCUCCUGCUAAUCCCUUUCACCCUACACUCUGCUGUCAGUUACUCCUGGCCUCUAGGUGAUGUCUCCUGUAAGGUCUACCAGUUCCUUCUGGCAUUCAGCCUGGCCGCCAGCACCUACUCACUGUGUGCUGUUUCAAUGACACGCGCCAUGAUCAUCACCAAUCCAUACCAGCCACCCACAAUGGACCUGGUCAUCUUCAUGUUUGUCCUCGUCUGGGCCCUGAGCUUCUUCAUCAGUCUGCCACUCCGUAUGUUUGCCACCAAAGAGAGCCUGAGUCCAAGCCUGGCAAAUUUCACCUUUUGCCUUCCAACUAUUCAUGAGCAUCACUACCAAGUGGUCCUCAGCCAGUUUGUACUUUACUACUUUGUUCCAAUGCUGGUCAUCGCCUUCAACUAUGUCCGUCUGGCUGUUUUUCUCCACAAGAGCCCUGUAAUGUCGGUGUCCAGUGCCAGGAACACCCGCCGUGCCUCUCUCAUGGUGUUCUUGGCGGCGGCCACCUUCUCAGUGUGCUGGCUGCCGGGCUAUGUGCUGGAGCUGUGCGUGUACCUGGGACUGUAUCGUCACGGACAGGCCUGGGAGAUGUUCUACUUUGUCUGCACUAUGCUCCAGUACUUACACCCCUGCAUCAACCCAGUGCUCUAUGUGUUUCUGUCCAAGCGCUACCGCCACAGGAGGGCAGCCUGGCUCUUUAACUGUAACAGGAACAGAGUGCAACCGCAGGUCAUCAGCGUCACUGACAGCCUCUAG